UCAUGCUGCUGCCAGGUCCAGAGUGUCUCAUGGGUCCCUGUACGGCCUCCCAUUGCUGCUGUCUCCAUCGCCACACCACUGCCAUGUGCCACUGUUCACUUUCAGGUCUCCUCACACUGCUGGUGGGUUCCAUUUUGUCAUAGGGUGCUGGCAGAUUACGGGCCUCCCAUUGCUGCUGCCAGGCCCGUAAUCUGUCAUGGGCCCCUGUACCGCCUCCUCAUGCUGCUGCCAGGUCCAGAGUGUGUCAUGGGUCCCUGUACGGCCUCCCAUUGCUGCUGUCUCCAUCGCCACACUCUGCCAUGUGCCACUUUCAGGUCUCCUCACACUGCUGGUGGGUUCCAUUUU